CGGUCCAAAACGAUGAGGAUGACGAAAGAUUGUUUUUCUCUGUCUACUCGUUCACGGGUCUGCACAUCGACCUGUACACUCUCGAUGAUGCCAAGAAACUAAGAAUCGGAAACUCGAGCAGUAGCGAAGGUGCACGAAUAGGAAAGUAAGACGGCCCCCGGAGUUGUACAGUAGUAUUCGGUUCCCAUCAGCUGUGCAUUACUACUUUAGUUCAGUCGCACGGAAGCAUCCGAACGUGCGGUACGUGUUUACGAGCGAACGACGGAUAAUAUCUUUGCGAUAUCCAUGGGUUAUCAGUUAUUAUAUUAUUCAUUGAGCAAAUCGUUGGAUUGAGUAUUAACGAAGAUGGAAUUACACAGCAAUCCGGCUGUAAUGUCGACGAAAAAAAAUUCCAUUCAUGGAGAUGAGACAACGUUCAAGGAAUCGCUUGGCAAUGGCGGUACCUAUGGAGCAUUUCAAUCAAAAGAUCCGAUCUUAUCGAUGGAAAAGGGAGGAGAAAUGAAAGGUGGAGUCGACGAGCAUGGAAUGACCGUAGAUCAUCCAACUUCGUAUAUUGAGACCAUGAUGCACCUGUUCAAGGGUAACGUCGGUUCCGGUAUUUUCGCAUUAGGCGACGCCUUUAAGCAUGCCGGAUUGUUACUGGCACCACCCUUAACCAUCUUCCUCGGCAUUAUUUGCGUCCACGCCCAACACAUUCUCAUACAAUGUAACGAAGAGGUAAAACGUCGUGUAGGUGAUCCGAGUAUUCAGUCUGGUUUUGCCGGUACCGUUGAAUUAUGUUUCGCUACUGGACCCUUAGCGCUUCGUAAAUAUUCAGUUUUCAUGAGAAAAAUGGUUAAUUUAUUUUUAUGCGUAACGCAACUCGGAUUCUGCUGCGUGUAUUUCGUUUUUAUUUCGACAAAUAUGCAACAGGUGCUAAACGCCCACAACCUCAAAUUGAGCGUUCAUCAACACAUGGCGAUCGUCUUGAUACCCAUCAUACUCAGCACGUGGAUAAGAAAUUUGAAAUAUUUGGUACCUGUAACGUCAGUCGCGAAUUUCUUGGUAAUGGGUGGCUAUAUAGCGACGGUCUAUAUUAUGAGUCACGACAUACCGGCGAUUUCUGAGAGGCGGUACGUCGCCGAUUGGCACGAGUUACCUCUCUUCUUCGGCACCGUUAUAUAUUCUUUCGAGGGUAUCACUUUGGUGCUGCCAUUGAAGAACGAGAUGAAGAAGCCAAGCAACUUCAACAAACCAUUCGGAGUAUUGAACGUAGGUAUGGUUAUCGUGGGUGCCAUGUUCGUAGUGAUGGGUUUCUUAUCCUAUUUAAAGUACGGUGACGAUGUACGAGGCUCAGUCACUCUGAAUCUCGAAUUAACAGAGGUAGUGGACGGGAAAAAGAUCUACUCGCAGGCAAGCUUACCUCAAUGCAUCAAGCUGGCUAUUUCGUUGAGCAUAUUGUUGACCUAUGCUCUGCAAUUCUACGUACCUAUCGCCAUCAUAUGGCCCGGAAUCGUCGAGCAAUUCGGUCCCUUUAAAUGGCCAGUACUCUCGGAGAUAGUCUUUCGGUCUGCUUUGUGUUUUCUUACGUUUGUUUUGGCGGAAGCUAUACCAGAGCUGGGUCUCUUCAUUUCUUUGGUCGGUGCAGUAAGUAGCACGGCGCUGGCCCUUCUCUUUCCACCCAUCAUCGAGUUGGUAGUAUGUUGGCAAAAUGCCAACUUAAGUCCCUUUAUGGUUAUUAAGGACGUGACGAUCGUGUUGAUCGGUUUACUGGGCUUCGCUACGGGAACCUACGAGAGCAUUACGUCGAUCAUCAAAGCAUUCGAUAAAUAGACAUUCAACAUUGUACAAAGUCCCAUUUGUUGAUUACAUUUUUAUUAGAUUAUUUUAAAAAUGGACGCACGCGUGAGGUUAACGGACCAUGACAUCCACGCAGGACACGAGUAGAUGUAAUGGACAGCGACGCUUGUCACGAUACAGAAUCAUUAUCAUCAUUAUUAUUAUUAUAUUUAUAUAUAUAUAUAUACAUAUAUAUAUACAUAUAUAUAUAUAUAUAAAUAUGUAUUAUAGUUAUAGUAGUAACUAAUUUACGUUGGAAGGAUGGCCAAUGACAAUUGUACAGAAUUUUUAUGCAUCGAAUGAAAAUUUUUUCUUUAAUUUCCGUUUUAAUUUCGAAUCAAUUUUGACAAUACAUUAAACUUUCUUGAUUAAUCAGAUUAAUUAAUCGGAUAAGCGAUAUAAUUAAUAAACGAAUAUAAAUGAUUAUUCUUGGAUGUUCCUUAAAAGAAUAACGAAAGGCCGGUCCCUCCAAUGUUAUGCGCAACUAUCAUAGGUCUAUCAAAGUUUAGUCCCUUUAUGUUGCUUGUGAUAUUGAAAACGAUGCGAAAGCGGCGUUUCAAUCGUAGAUCGAUUAAACAUACAUACGUACAUAAAUAAUAUUUAAGGAAGAGAAAAAAAAACAAAAAGAAGAAAACGACUGUCUUUGCAAUUAUCGUGAUACAUAUAUAUAUAGUUAGUUUAUAUUGCCCGUCCUAAGGAUUCUACCCUCUCGCGAUUAAUUCUAUGUACAUAUAUAUAUAUAUACAUAUCGAUAUCGUAUCUGGUUCAAAAAAAUUGGAUCUCCAUUAAUAGUAUUGCGUACAAUAGCCGAAGAAAUUUUUCUUUGUUAGAUCAUAAAAAAGGAACGUCCCCUUUGCGAAUGUUUAGAGUACAACUUUAUAUUAAUUCUAAUUAUAUUCCAUUGCAUAUCAAUCAGUUUAUAAUCCUUUACGUUUUUUUUUUUUUCAUUAUUAAUUUGACACGUGCUUAAAAAAUGACUAUUAAAAUUUUGUACCACUUAAAAUCUGACAAAAGUCAAAUGACAUUGCCAAUCUUUCACUAUGCAAUGGCUAAGAAUUAUAUCCUUUAUUCCACGUUUGAAUAACGAUAAAGUGUACUGUUACUUUUCUUUUCUUCUUCUUCUUUUUCUUUUUAAAUUAUCUGCGAAAUUAUUAAUUUCGUUUUUCGAAAGAUUUUUAUCAUGCACAAGAUAAGCCAAAGGAAUUCAAUUAAUGCCAAUCUUUAUGUGUAACUUAAAGAUCCAUUGACUCGA